CAUCUUUGUUUACUAGUCCAGUGCAGCGUCGCUCUGCGUUAGCAUUUAGCAUUAGUUGUCUGCUGAGCUGGCUGUUUAUCCUACAGGGUGUGUGAGUUUACUGUGCGGUUAGUUUCAGAUCCACAAACAUGUCGGUAAACGGACCUGGACCUGGAGGAGACUCCACAGACGCAAAGGGUGCCGGUGGACAACAGUCACAGUCGUCCCCGUCUCCUUCUGCCUCCAUGGACGUGGAUGCCAAGCCCAACGCCCACAGCUUCAGAUACAGUCUGAACUUCCCCUGCAUCGGCCAGUGCAUCAUCAUCAACAACAAGAACUUUGACAGAAGCACAGGUAUGAAUCAACGAAACGGCACAGAUGUGGAUGCAGCCAACGCCAUGAAAGUGUUUGGGAAGUUGGGUUACAAAGUGAAGGUUUACAACGACCAGUCAUGUGAUCAGAUGAAACAUGUUUUAGUUUCUGCAUCAAAGGAAGAUCACAGUUGCUACGCCUCAUUCGUCUGUGUCCUGUUGAGUCACGGAGACGAGGGCGUGUUUUUUGGUACGGAUGGCUCAGUAGAGCUCAAGUAUCUGACGUCGCUUUUCCGAGGCGAUCGCUGCAGGUCACUGGUGGGAAAACCCAAACUCUUCUUCAUCCAGGCCUGCAGAGGCACUGAUCUGGAUGCAGGUAUCGAAGCAGACAGCGCAGAUGAUGACACUACAAGGAUCCCUGUGGAAGCUGACUUUCUCUAUGCCUUCUCCACAGCCCCAGGCUACUACUCAUGGAGGAACACUAUGACUGGGUCCUGGUUCAUGCAGUCACUGUGUGACAUGAUCAGCAAAUAUGGAAAAGAAUUGGAGGUCCUGCACAUCAUGACACGAGUGAACCACAAGGUGGCAGUAGAGUUUGAGUCCAUCUCCAAUGCACCAGGAUUUAAUGCAAAGAAACAAAUCCCAUGCAUCGUGUCAAUGCUGACCAAAGAGAUGUAUUUUUCUCCUUGAUGUCGUCUCUAUGUGCAGAAGAAAGGCUCAUGUGUAUGAGGUGGUGUUUGUGAAUUAUUUUGGUUUAUUCUGUCUGACUGAAAAUCUCUUGAAACCAGCUUUCAUAUUUCUGGGAGAGUAGGUGUGUAAAAUCACGUUUCACAAGCUUGGCAUUAUGAGGUUCUUUUUGUGUGGAGAACAGUUCUGAGGUAUCAGUAGGGCUGUACCGAAGAGUUUGAAGCUUUUUUUAUUUUUUUUGCAUGUCUAUACAUUCUCUGUAAAGCCAGUAUCUCACAUGUGCAGAUAAAGAUGAGGUCACACUAAUAUUAUUUAUAUAAUACCAUUCGUAGAAUUAGAUUCCAGUGGUGGUUGUAUAGGAUUUUUUCUAACUCCUUUGAUCCAAGCAUUUUCAAUGACUCUUUGUAGUUU